GGUCCUGGCGGGGCGGAGGGUCCUGAUGCCGCCAUAUUGCUGCCGCCUCUUGUUGUUCCUGUGGAUGAGGAGCGGGAGCUCUCGGCACCGAUUGAUACACACACGGGGAGCCGCCGCCGCCACAGCAACACACACGAAAUCAAGGUGAAGGGCCAAGGCCAAAGUACAGAACACCAUCAAUACUGAAAGCAGUGACUGAGAGAACAAAGUGGUUAGAGACGCCAAGUUUAGAUUCUAAAAGCCUGCUGAUCGUGUGAGGAAGAAGCAAUUGAGGGAGGUGACUGAAGUAAAACAAUGUCUGGAAUUGCUUUGAGUCGACUUGCACAAGAAAGAAAAGCUUGGAGAAAGGACCAUCCUUUUGGGUUUGUUGCGGUUCCCACCAAGAAUCCAGACGGCACAUUAAACUUAAUGAACUGGGAAUGUGCUAUUCCAGGCAAGAAAGGGACAGCGUGGGAGGGCGGGCAAUAUAAACUCCGAAUGCUCUUCAAGGAUGACUACCCUUCAUCACCACCGAAAUGUAAAUUUGAGCCUCCGAUAUUCCACCCGAAUGUGUAUCCCUCUGGUACGGUAUGUCUAUCCAUUCUAGAGGAGGACAAGGACUGGAGGCCAGCCAUCACUAUCAAACAGAUAUUACUAGGAAUCCAAGAACUUCUCAAUGAGCCAAACAUUCAAGAUCCAGCACAAGCAGAAGCAUACACAAUCUACUGCCAGAACAGAGUAGAGUAUGAAAAACGAGUGCGAGCACAGGCCAAGAAAUUUGCUCCAACAUAAAAACAAACCAACAACAAAAAAAAGAUGUGGAUUUCUGACUGUCGGUGGAGAAAAGGAGGCAUGCUUUUACAUUUAGCAAGUUCCUGUUACAACCAAUUGGCUGUCUUUUGGGGGGAAAAUAGUUUGCAUCAUUACUUGGACAAUUCUAGUUUACAACUACUACAACGACAACAACAAAAAAAUGACUCCAAUCUUCUCAGCACAAAACUUGCUGUGUUUCUUUCUGUGACGGCCGUAGUAAACUGGUUAUUAAAACAAAGCCUUAAUUUUCAGUGGCUGAUCGGUCGAUCGAUUGGUCUUCAAAGUAGAAUAUGUGGUAGUCAGAAUCGCGGCUCCAAAUGUAAUGCUGGCUGACUAGCGAAAUGUAGUUGGAUUCUUUUUUUCAACCUGGUUAGCCAGUUUUACGUCCAGUAGGAAAGGUUUUUCACCUGUGUCCACACACCCUGGGGUAUAGUUACCACCUCCAGGUGCCUUCACCAGGAGGGAGAUUUUAAGAGCAGAGAAAGUGAGAACAGUUAUAUGCAAAACUCACUUCACGAUAUUAUGAGCUGUGUUUUUUUUUGCUCAAAAAAAAUUUGUGUCAAGUUUUACCAGAGAGCGAGACUUGGAAGUCCUGUAAUAAACUUAUUGUCUUAAGUAUUGUAUUUAAAACUUUAAUAAAAUUCACUUUCUGUCCAUCCACUCCUUUCCUCGGUCAGUCACUGUAUACAAUUCCUCUGGGAGGUUGCAGUUGCUGAGCCUAGUUCAGUGAGACCUGCAGCUUGUUGCUGAGUGUCAGCCUGUCUGGCUGCCAGGGAUUUGCCUCACUUCAGUGUGAGAACUUGCUCAGGUCCUCAGUGUGGUGGGAUUUGGUUUUAAAUGCAUUUUUAAAAAAAUAAAUAAAUCAAUUUCGAUGACUCCAGUUGAAACGAGAACUUGUGUAUCACCUGCUGUGGUUAGUCUUGUCAGCUGCUCUCACUUUUUUUUAUUUGCUCUGGAUUUCCUCCUACCCGCCCACAGCUUCUGAUUGCAAUGUCCUUACUGGAAAAUCGAAGGAGCCAUUUAAACAAUUUGUGGCAGCAAUACCCGUGUUUGUAAUCUGGAAAAGUAUCUCCCUUUGGCUGAAGGUGUGAAGCUGUGUAUGUUUAGUGAGCAGGUGCUGCUCUCCUAAAGACUGGUUUGAGACGGGCAACGAGGCUUUGGUUACGGUCGCCUCGCCGUGGCUUGAGACCGACAUUUAGCUGUUCCCGAAAGGCUUUUUCUCCCAUCUUUAGACGGUGGUGUUUCUUUUUGGUGGGAGACAUGUUUUGAUCAGUAAUUGUCAGUGUUGUAAAGCAGUCAAACAUUUUGCAAAGGGAUUGUAGCUUCUUUGGUUGUCGCGAAGACGUUUGGAGCGGAAAAACUAGACCAAGAAUUAUCUGGAAAAGUAUGUUGACUGAUGCUCCUUUUGUUUUAAAGGGGAAAGGAAAAUCUUUUUUGGAAUUUUGAAUGAAUGGGAUCUUGGACUGGUCUGUUUCAAAUCUAUAGAAUACAUGCAGUAUUAUAAAUUUUCAGUCUUGGUGUGAAACUUGGUAUCUGCUUGGCAAAUACGCAGUUGUGGCUUGCAAUUCCCAGGAUUUGGAAGAAGGUUAAUUGGGAAAGGAGGGAGGGGGCAGUAGAAAGGUGUUUGCAGACAGUUUUACUACUUGCUGGGCCUUUAGAAAUUGUUUGGUUUGUGCGUUGGAAUGUACUACAUCUGUAAGCAUAAGUUGUCAACAUUGCAUUUGAAAGUGUAUACUUUACUUGCUGACUUGAUUCAUUACCUGUGUACAGCGUGAUCAAAUAACUCCUACCAGGAAUGUUUAGGUGAAUUACAGAUGCUUAAGAUGGCCCUGGUGAGUCUGUAGCUGUAACAGUCCUCCAGUUUGCAUUGCUCCAGUUUCACUUUGGGCUGGGGAUGCUGUGCUUCACUGUAAAAUGAUUGCGUUGCCUCCUGUUUGAAAGUUCCUCCUGAUUCCUUGUGGAUAGAACUCUGCUUAAAAACAUUUACAGCCCCUUCAGAUUGCAAAGCAUUUCAGAAUUCUACACUGAACCUUGUUCUAAAUCAGAGAGAGACGCUGUGUGUUGUUGAGCAGGGAGUAAUACGUUGGAUUGUAUUUUCUGCAUCGUUGAUUCUGGUCAUAAAUUGGAAGUGUAGCUCCUCUAAUCUGUCACUUUCUUCCCCAGCAAUGUCCACACUCACUCCCAUGCGAUUCUCCACUUGGGGUGCGAGUGUGUGUCUUUGUUCUUUUUUCAAUAUAUAAAAAUUACCACGAGACGAUCCAAAGCUCAAGUCACCUGGCAUGAAAUCAGGCUAAAGUUUAUCCUUUUUGCUUUAAAUAAAGGUUCUGUUAGCUUUAGUAUUAGUGUCCUGGUGAAGCAGCUGAGAGCACUUGGGAGUAGAUCUCAGUGUCUGUAGGAUUUUCACCAUUCACAGGGUCACCCGCAGGUUUCACUCACCCUGAGAUAAAACUAGCUUGGUUCAUACUUUUUUUUAAUGGGGGAAGUAAAAAUUCAAUGGCCAGUGAUCCGUCUCUUGUGUGUAAACUAUGUGCUGGUGUUUUACAUUCUCUGCAGUAUGUGUGCACAUUGUUGAAGAUUGAAAGAUGGAUUGUGUUUGUGUAAAAUGUCUCAUUGACUUGCCCACGUUUUUGCGAUUGAGCUGGAUUUGGUUUCUCAAACAAUAAUUACUGGUAUCUAAAGCCUGUCAGUCCUGGUUAGCAGUUAUGUUGGCUUGUGGUGACUUUUCCUGGUAGGAUAAGUUUGCUAUUUGCUGUAGUGGAGCAUUUGGGUGUGUACAGUGUUAGAAACUUUUGAAGACCACUUCUGGUUCCAUAGAAGAAAAAAAGGGAUUUUUUUUUUGUUCUUGUUUUAAAGAUAUAUUACAAAAUUGUUCCCCCUAUCAAACUUUCUGGUCUACGUUGCUUAGCUGGGAAGUAAUAUCAUAGUUUAACAUAAUGCAAAAAAAAUUAGGAGCGGAGGUGGCUGGUCAAUAAGAUCUCACUUUCUUGUGAAAUCUCAAAGCUCAGCAAACUUCAAUCCUGAAUCCAUUCCAGUUGUCUCCUGUCCCUCCCCACCAACAAGUACUUGCUAAAUUUAUAAACCAAACACCCUGGGAAUAUUGGCGGGUCACUUUCUUUGUUUAUAUUUUUUGAUGGAUAAAGUGACAAAUUCAUUAAAAAAAACCCAAUAUUCCAGGGUGGUGCUGUAAACUUGUACAAUACUUUUAUAUCUUUUUUCAUAGUUCAUUGGAGUCUUGAGUAUGAAAUGGGUGUGUCUUUAGAAUACAUGCUGAUUUUAAUGUUUCCUUGCCCCCCUGCCCCUAACCCCUCCUCUCUUUCUCCCCAACCCCCAGAGAGGAAUAAACAAACCAAUAAAUAAAUUAACGGCUGGUUGUAAUGGUCGCCUCUUGCAUGGCCCUCUAGUGCGAUCUGGUUCGAGGAGCAUUCUGUGUCCUUAAAGUGUCACUUAUGUCACCAUGUUGUAGAGAACAGCGAGGAGAACUGGGAGCUGAGAACCUUUACUGUGUUUGGGGGCAGCAUAGAAUCUGUCAAGUGAGCGAGCAAAGGGAUAUCACAGUGAUCAGGGAUCUUCAUGCCUUUUCCAUGCGACCACCCUCUCCACAAAAAAACUAUACUCAUCCUCAUGUCAGAAAUUAAGUCCGAAAUGAUGGUAUCUGCUUGACGUGUUGUGUGUGGCCAACCAGGGUGUAAUAGUUUUGAGCGUGGCGCCAAGCAUUGUAUGUAAAAGCCCUUGAGUUACAUGUGAAGGGAGUUCUCUAGAUAUCAAAUGUUAUUUCUUUUUGUAGAUUUAAUUGUCUGAAUUUUGUAAUUGCUUUUAGUUAGAUUUGUUAGGAAGUUAGCAUUAGGACAUUAUUUUGGGUGCUUACCUCCUCUACUCCCUCUCUCACUCUUCUCCCCUCAAGCCCCAACCCACCACCUUUCCGAUUAUCCUGCAUUCAAAGCUGCAGGACUCAAUACUUUGCUUUUAAACGUGUACUUAUCAGUUCUCCCCAAGGUUUGGGGUGCAGAGAAACCAAUUUCACUACAUGUGUUGAAUUGUGCAGCUUAACCAGAACAAAGCUAGGAUUAAAAUUACACCAAUGUUUUGCUCCUAUGGAUUAAGGUUUUUUUUCCAGCUGGAAUAGGUAUCGAUGAAGCGUUUAUGGCAAAGCACCUGUUUGGACAGUUUUUCAAACUUUUUGUGAGGUAUUUUCCCCCCUCUCCCCCCUCAUAAUAUUUUUAUAUGUUUAAAGACUUGAGUGCAGUUGAAAUCCAGAGUCCUGUUGGGGGCUCAACUUUUCAGGCUGCAGAACUAGCGUGAGACGGAGCGCAGAAUCCCUCGGCUGUUCUGCCGAUAUUAACCGCAAGCUAAACUUGUAACCUUUUUAUAAAUACACGGGUAUCUGUUGGAGUCUGUCUGUGGGAAGCGGCUGCACAAGAAGCUUCUGUAGAUGAGCUUGGUCUGGUGAGUGUAUCAAUGGUCUUUAAUUAAUUAAUAAAUAAAUAAAAACCACACAUGGGGUCGGACUUAAACCCACUGUCGACUGAUCCGUUGCUAAAUGGCUUGUCUGUCUUCUCGGGCCAAUUUGGGGUCCGGUUGUGUGAGCCGUAUUGUUCUGUAGUGUAAUAAUUACAAUAUGGUGGAAUGUGAAACAUUUUUUGACAUAGAAUCUGCUAUCUUCCCAAGCAUACCUUAUAUUGUUUUCCCCAAAGGCCAUGUUUGUUCUCCCCCUAUCUCCUGCUUGCCCGAAAAGCCCAAACUGUUAAUAUUGAAAAGCAAGAAAAACGCGCUUGGUUUAAAAUAAGUCAAAGAAAUAAUAAAUAAAAAUCUUAAUGAAUGGAAAGUUUUUUUUAAAAAAAACAAAGUGAAGAAAUCAUUCCAUUGUUCAUGUACCGUUUCAGCACACGCACCAUUUCAAUCACGGAUACCUCUGUUUGUAUGCUGUUUGUUAAUGUAUUUGUGUUUAGAAAAAGAAAUUAAAAAUGGCAAAGUAAA